GUCAAGGUUGAUCACUGAGGUUCGCCUCAUCACUUCGAAGAUCUUCGGAUCAGUGGAAGAUCAGUCCUGCUUCUUCGUCCUCUCGUGCAUCGGUUUAUGUUCUGAUUGUAACAACAGAAGUGCGUAACACAUUGUUUACGUUUUAACGUGCUUAAAAGAAGUCAACAAUUUGUUCCAAUUUUUUGCAACUGGAUUUACUAUAAUCUCCGACAUGGGAAGACGUCAAGUAUUUUUUAUUACUUGUAUUAUGGUAGGACUGAUGGCCUACUCUAUGCAAGCACCAACUACAGCUGCUCCGAAAAUUGAUUGCCCUGAAGGCAUGGAGUACCACGAAUGUGGUACCGCCUGUCCGGCGACCUGCUUGAAUCCCGAGGCACCCCGCUGCAUGGGCGCUUGCGUCUCGGCUUGCUAUUGUACGAAAAACAUGGUAUGGCAUGAGAACACAUGCAUACCCCUCUAUGAGUGCCCAGGCCGCAAUAAUGGGAAUGCUUCAAGAAACAACAACCGGAACUCCACAUCUAUCAGCGGAAGAGUAGCAAAAGAAGGAAAGGUGCUCAUUUGGUACACUCCAUGGGAUUUACCUCAGCAAUCAACAACUAACCGAGUUCCGAUUGAAGAGGUGUAUGGCACCUUCACCGUACGCCCCACCCGAAAGCCAAUAAACCCGAGAUAUUACCCUCGCGGUACUGGAGUGCCCACUUGGUAUUUGUUGUCUCCAUACCAGGAGGACGAAAAAAAAUCUGCAGGGACUAGUGAUCUUAUGAAGAAGAUGGCCGUUCUACAAGCCAUCAUGUUGGUAGCAGCGUUUAUCAUCAUGUAUACUUUGUUCCUUUGAGGACUUAUAUUUAUUUGAGAUUGAUUCUUUUAUUCAUGAACUGAGACAUUUUUAGUUCCAGUGAACUUUUAAAGACUGAACAACGCUUUUUUUAAAAGUGUAAUGCAUAUAAUCAGCUUAAGCGGCUAAUUACAGCCAUAACAUCAACUUGGGAUGCGCCGAUUAAUCGGCAGUACCAAUUAAUGGGCCGUAAUCUGGAAUUUAAAAUUCUUUUGUGAUACUUCAUUAUUAUUUUUUUUAUAAAUUACUGUUGAAGUAAUGUUAUUUUUUUAAUUUAAUUUUUAUGUUUUGAAUAAAUAUACACAUACAUACAAUGUUGCAAAUUUUCAGGUGUCGAUACUUUUCUUUGAAUAAUUUUAUAUUUUCUAAUAAAAAACUAAAGUUUUAGAUUAAAUGUCUAAUAAAUUUAAAUUAAAAGUGCUACUAACCAGACUCCCCUUUAAUAUUUUUUAAAUUUUCGUGCUAGUUAGUAUUAUGUAAUUUUAUUAACAAUAACGUGAAAAUUGGCUCAAAGAAAUUGAAUGAAAUUAUGGAACUAUUUUUUGAAAAUUCGGAAAAGGGAGAAAAAAAAUCGUAUCUCAAAAAUAAACUAUUAACUAUUUCUAAAGUCAGUAACUAUUUCUAAAACAGAAAAAAAAUCUGACGGAGAAGUUGGUUGUAUUAAAAAUGAUCAUAUGAUCAUUAAUCGGCCCUGCCGAUUAAUCGUUCGAUUAUCAACAGCCAAAUAAUCGGCUAUCGGCCAAUUUCAUUUGUGGCGCAUCCCUAUCAUCAACGCUCAACUGAGUAUUUUUACUAUAAAUCAAGCCACUGGUCUUUUGUGCUAGACUUUUUAUAAUGCAUUCAUGUGCAAUGGCGAAGCCAGGAUUUUGCUUCGAGAGGGGCUGAGGUCAUCAAAAGUUUUAUAUCGUGUCUCCAACUCGGGGACUCCUCCGCGGAAAUUGUAGAACUUAAGGUUCUGAAAACAAAAUUUAAGAUUAUCUUUAGGGAUGUUGGAGGGUUUAGGAAUUUUUGUCUGGUUUGAUCAGGGGGGGGGGGGAGCUGCAGCCUCGUAGUCCCUCUCCUGGAUUCGCCACUGUCCAAUGUGUUUGUAGUAGAACUGAGAGACAGUGAGAAGAGCAAAAGUACGUAAGUGUCAAAAUUAAAAAUUUGAAGAUAAUCAGUUGAAACGGAAGGUUAACCUCUCCUCUGUUUUGAGGCAAGAGAGAGUACUAGUAGCCCUAGUAGAUGCUACUAUACAGCAUGAUUUAGAAAAAAAAGACCAACGAAAGCCUACCUAGAAUCACAACCCUAAACGAGUUUUACUCAAAAUUUGAAAAUGUCAACUUACAUCCCUUUGCUUCUCACUACCUCAAUUGAUGCUUUGCUGUUUUCUUUGUGUUUCUGAGUGUUGUGAUUCUUUCUUCAGUAACGUGAUCUACACGUCUUUCAUUUUGAUAUACAAUUUUAACUUUUUAAUAUUGUUUAGAAUAAAAGAAUA